UCGCCAUCUCGCUCGUCUUGUCAUCAUCGCCAAAGAAGUUUAUGUGUCAAAACUAAAACCAAAGAAAAAAGAAAAGAAGAAAAGUUGAAAUAAAAUUUUGCACCAUUCUCAAAAUCCCCAAAAGACAAGAAGUCGACGCAAAACCAAAAAAUUCUCUCCUACCCCAAAUCUCGAAAAGAUUAAAAGUUCACAAAUAAUCUACACAAAUGUCGAAUUCAAUCGAAACAUAGAAGAAAAUAUUGUAAAAAUAAUUACAAAAUAAAAAAGAAAGAUAAUGAAUGAAUUGAAUACGAGUCGUCGGAAUAUUUAUAAAAGUUGUUGUUGUAGUUGGCUCUACGAAAAGUAGAGAUCUACCUACUUUUUGUGUUUUUCUCUUUUAUUUUUUCUUUCUUUUCGUUUGGUUUCUUUAUUUUGUUGGAUAUUUUAUUAUCUUUUUGUUUCGUUGGCUUCAUUUGGAUUUCGCGAAAUUUUAAAUUUAAUUUUGUUGUUUCUGUGUGGUGUCGUGAAAUUGGUCCAAAAAGAACACGGGAAAAAGUUGAAAGUUUACAAAAAUCCAGAAAAUGGGCCAACGAAACAGGCAACUAUGGGCUGCCGUGUUGGUCGGUAUCAUUGGGGUGUCCCUGGUCCUCUCCGAGUCCAUUCCAACUCAGAAUAUGUCCAAAAAGGAGCGUGAGGAGCUUAAGGAAGAAGCACGAGAGAUGUUCUAUCAUGCGUACUACGCCUACAUGGAGAACGCCUAUCCUGCCGACGAACUGAUGCCAUUGUCGUGCAAAGGACGCUACCGAGGCGUGACCCCAUCUCGUGGGGACAUGGAUGACAUUUUGGGCAAUUUCUCAAUGACCCUGGUGGAUUCAUUGGACACACUCGUCAUACUCGGUGACUUUGCCGAAUUCGAGAGUGCCGUGAAAAUGGUGAUAAAAGACGUCCAAUUCGACAGUGACAUUAUUGUGUCUGUGUUCGAGACAAACAUUCGUAUGGUUGGUGGCUUGCUGUCGGCGCACAUCCUCACCGAAUACAUCCAGAAGGAUCUUAAAAUAAUGCCCUGGUACAAGGGCGAACUACUGGAGAUGGCCCGUGAUUUGGGCUAUCGCUUGCUGCCAGCUUUCAACACCUCGACAGGCAUUCCACACGCUAGAGUAAACUUGCGAACAGGCAUGAAAGACGAACAGCUGAAGAAAUCACGAGAAACAUGCACCGCAUGUGCGGGGACAAUUCUUUUGGAGUUUGCUGCACUCUCGCGGCUGACGGGCGAACCGAUAUUCGAAGCGAGGGCACAUGCUGCCAUGGAUGCUCUGUGGAAGCUCAGACACCGAGGGUCGGAUUUGAUGGGCACGGUGAUGAAUGUACAUUCGGGUGACUGGGUGCGACGAGAUUCUGGUGUGGGGGCUGGAAUCGAUUCCUACUAUGAGUAUCUAUUUAAGUCGUACGUUUUGCUGGGAGACGAUAAGUAUUUAGCGCGAUUCAAUCGACACUAUAACGCAGUCAUGAAAUACGUGAGUGAGGGUCCGAUGUUGUUGGAUGUGCUGAUGCAUCGACCACAUGCCAAAUCGAGAAACUUUAUGGACUCUCUGCUGGCAUUCUGGCCGGGAUUGCAGGUGCUCUCUGGGGAUUUAAAACCUGCCGUUCAAACACAUGAGAUGCUCUAUCAAGUGAUGCAAAUGCACACGUUCAUUCCCGAAGCAUUCACCGUCGACUUCCAAAUCCACUGGGGACAACACCACCUCCGACCUGAGUUCAUCGAAUCCACAUACUUCCUCUACAAAGCCACCAAUGACCAUCACUAUCUGCAGGUGGGCAAGAAAGCCCUAAAAACCCUUCAGAAACAUGCCAAAGUAAGUUGCGGCUAUGCAGCCGUCAAUGACGUACGCACUGGCAAACAUGAAGACCGCAUGGAUUCAUACGUUCUCUCUGAGACAUUCAAGUACUUGUAUUUGCUCUUCUCCGAUCCUUCAGACAUCAUCAUCAAUUUGGACGAAUUCGUAUUCACGACGGAGGCUCAUUUACUGCCACUAUCGAUUGCACAACUUGGAAACAGUACAUUCAGUUUCCGUCAAACAGACGAACACAAUGUCCUUGACUUUAUGCGCACAUGUCCCAGCUCCACAAAAUUAUUCCCAGAAAAAGUACGAAAACCAUUGAGAAAUUUCAUCACCGGUUCAUGUCCUCGUGCCCAAUUGAAUAAACGUUUGAGAGCAUUAGAUUUUCAAGCGAGUAAUGCUGAUCAUCUGCGAGCUGUUUAUGACAUGGGCAUUACAAUGGUUUCAUUAGGCGAUGGAAAGGUUCGACUGUUUCACAGUUUCUAUAAUGCUAAAAGCCCUGAAGAUGGUGAAAUGGGUCUUUUAUUUAUGCAAGAAAUGCUCGAGCUGACUAAGAUGCAGAGUUUAAAUCAAUUGGCGCAGUUACAGGCUGUUGCAUUCAAAUCUGAUGACAGUGAAGAAUGGACAGCUUUGAUGGCUGGUCCUAGUCAUUUCUCACCCGAAUUAGUUGCCGAAGAGUUUGUCGAAGCUGAAAUUCUCGUAGCCACACCAUUACGAGGAUGUUCUGAUCUGAAUGACACCGGUGAUAUGAGGGGAAAGAUUUUAGUUGUCGAACGAGGUGACUGCACGUUCGUCGAUAAAGCAAGACGCGCCCAAAAAGCCGGCGCUAAAGCUGUCAUAGUCUGUGAUAAUGUUCCUGGAUCUUCCGGUGAAACACAACCAAUGUUUGCAAUGUCUGGCGAUGGCAACAACAAUGUAACCAUUCCAGUUGUCUUUAUGUUUUCUCUUGAAUACAAAACUCUUGGCAAUGCAAUCACCAAAAAUCCCAAUCUUAAGAUUCGUAUAAUGCAGAUGUUGGAAUUUAAAAGACAAUUACAAAAGCAGUCAACGAAAAAUACUAAAGUUGAAUUAUGAUAAAAUUAUCAUAAAACACAAAAACUACAACAACAACAACAAACACUAUUAGUCUAUGAAAAUAAGGAAAAAAUUGAUAGUUUUGUUUUUGUUUGAAUUUAGUUUUUCUCUUUAUUUUCAUGCAUUUUUGAUUUCAGUUAUUAGUUUUUAAGUCUCCUUGUUUUCCUUAUCUUUUCUUAUUUUUUUUAUUUUUAAAUUAAACUAAAAAUCUGUAAAAAAGUAUAACACACACACACACACCCACUAUAUAAGUAGCUGAUAUAGAUUAAUGCGAGAAUGAAUAGAAGAUGAAUUUUUUUGUAAAUAUUUCAAAAAAAGAAAAAAAAAAUACGAAUUA